AUGGAGACGUGGUUCAUCAUCGUCGUUUCACUCUGCGUUGCCGCCCUUAUCAGGUCCCUUCUCUUCCGCCGGAGCGACGCCGACGGCAAGAAGCUACCACCAGGGCCCUCUCUCAUAUCCUCCAACUUCAUACUGCUAACCAAUUCCCUCUCGGAAUUAGAACCCAUUCUCAGAAAAUUCAAGUCCAAGUAUGGACCACUCAUCACUCUUUCCAUCGGUUCUCGUCCUUCCAUCUUCGUCGGAAACCACUCCCUCGCCCACCAAGUCCUCAUCCAGAAGGGCGCUGUCUUCUCCGACCGCCCUAGAACACUCGCCGUACGUAACAUCUCCUCAUCCGCCUACGGCCCUACUUGGAGGGUCCUCCGUCGAAAUCUUGCCUCCGAAGUCCUACACCCCUCCCGUGUGAAGUCCUACUCCUGGGCUCGUAAGUGGGUCCUUCAGAUACUUCUUGGUCGCCUCCGGGAGCAAAAGGAGGCCGCCGGAAUCAAGCGCCGGUUGCUGUUGUUAGUCGGCUCCGGUCGUUUUAACGUACUGGGUAUUUUUCCAAGAUUAGGGAAGAUAUUGUUUAGAAACAGAUGGAAACAGCUCUUGCAAAUACGCGAAGAUCAAGAACAAGUGCUGAUUCCACAUAUUAAAUCUCGAAUCGAAAGUGCUAAUUCCGAACCACAAUCAGUUGGAGACGAACGAAUCGUGGCGUAUGUCGACACACUGGUUAAUAUACAGCUUCCAGAGGAAGAAGCCAACAAUGAAAAUGGCGGAAAGCUGACUCAGAAAGAGAUGGUGAGUAUGUGUGGCGAGUUUCUUAACGCCGGCACAGACACCACCUCUACUGCUCUACAAUGGAUCAUGGCCAAUCUCGUGAAGCAUCCUGAAAUUCAGAGCAAGCUAUAUAAUGAAAUCAUUUCAGUCGUCGGACCACCACCUCCACCGCCGCCACCAGGGGUAGAACUAGAAUCUGUUAUAAACGAAGAGGACUUAAAGAAGAUGCCAUACCUGAAAGCGGUGGUUCUUGAAGCGUUGAGGAGACACCCACCAGGGCAUUUCGUGUUGCCCCAUAGGGUCACAAAGGAGAUGGAGGUGCAAGGGUUUACGAUUCCACAGGGUGCCACCAUUAAUUUCAUGGUGGCUGAGAUGGGUUUGGAUCCAACGGUCUGGGAUAAUCCCAUGGAGUUCAAACCAGAGAGGUUCAUCAAUGGUGAUUUCGAUAUAACUGGAAGCAAAGGGAUAAAGAUGAUGCCAUUUGGUGCAGGAAGGAGGAUAUGUCCCGGCUCUGAUUUGGCUCUGCUUCAUUUGGAAUAUUUUGUUGCCAAUUUGAUUUGGUAUUUCCAUUGGAGUCCUCCUGAUGGUUGUCAUGUUGAUCUCUCUGAGAAGGUGGAGUUCACCAUUGUCAUGAAAAAACCUCUGCAAGCACGAGUCUCUUCAAGGACAGAAAACGCAACAUCUUGA